UUGAAGUGAUAAAUAUUUAUAUAUGAUAUAUUUCAGACUGAAGUUGUAAUGACAAGUAGUACACGUGGAUUAGAUUUAAAACGUGGUACACUGAGUGCAUCUGUCCUAGAAGCUGCUGGUACAGCAUUACAAGAUGAAUGUAAACAGAAAUACCCACAGGGGAUACAGCAUGGGCAACUAGCCAUUCUUAAACCUGGCAAUAUCAUUGGCUGUAAAAAUAUAUAUUGUGGUGCUUUACCAAGAUUUGAUAAACCUGAAGACAACUCAGACCCUAAAAUGCUUCUUGCAACUUUAGUAACAAAGUGUUUACAACAAGCGCACACUGACAGUAUGAAGUCAAUAAGUUUUCCAAGCCUAGGUACUGGCUUCUUAAUGUACCCACCAGACGUAUCUGCUAGUAUUAUGUUGAAAGCUAUCAGUGAUUUCUCAACAAAUAAUAGUGCUUCUACAGUGCAGUCUGUCAAUAUUGUCCUUCUUGGAUUAACAUCAACAGUAAAGAAGAACCUUGAGGCAUUUAAAUUAGAAUGUAAAGCUUGUGAAAAGAAAAAGCCACCAGUAGCACCAAAGCCAGUCAUUCCAAAAAAAGUGAGUGUUCCUUCCUCUCGUCCGGUACCAAGACCAAGAAGAACUGUCUCACCGGCAGAUAAACCUCUAGAGAGCUCUGCGGAAGUUUUACCAGAACGGGAUACACCAGAAUUCUGUUUACAUAUGUAUCAAAAUGAAAUCGUUCCUCCAAGUAACUGGUCUGUUUACACUCCAGAUAAAAAUGUUAAACAGUGGAAAAUUGGUGAAAAAGGCAAACCUCACUACACCCUGAAAACAGUAAAUCAGUCCACUUUUAAAGCAAUAGAGAGACUAGUUCUCAAUACAUGGGAACCAGCUAAAGUAGGUCAAGGUCGUGAUGCAGCAGGACUUGCUGAUCUGGGUUUCACAAAGUUGAAGGUAACAAAGAUUGAGAGGAUAGAGAAUCUAAAUCUAUAUGAGCAAUACUGUCAGAGUAGACAACAACUCUUCCACAAAGCUGGUGAAGGCGGAAUGUUUACACAGUUAGCAAAGAUUCCUAAUGUCAAGCAUGGCUGCUCAAAAAUCGAGAAUUACUUGGAUGCUAGCCUGAAAGAUAGCUUGUACCAUGAAGUAAAUGAAGGCUAUUUCUUUCAUGGAACUAAGAAUGAAUUUGUGCAGGGAUUGUUGAAGCAAGGGCUUGAUCCAAGAAUGGCACGUGGCGGUGUUGUAUUGGGUGCUGCUGUGUAUAUGGCAGAGAGCUCAACAAAAGCUGACCAGUAUACAGAUGAUAGAGAUAACAGGCAGCAAAAAGGACUACAGAUGUUUCUGGUGAAAGCAUGUCUAGGAAGAAUCUGUUUGAUGACUGAUGUAAAGAAACUGCGACGUCCACCAUGUUGUGAAGGUUGUCAGACAGACAGCUGUGAUCAUGACAAUAGAUAUGACAGUAUUGUAGCAGAGGAGAAAUAUAUAUUCCGAGAAUUUGUUGUGUAUGACAGCCAUCAAGUGUACCCAGAAUAUAUCAUUACAUAUGACAGAGUCUGAUAUUGAUAGUUGUAACAUUGCAGAGUGAGAAAUGGACAUAAUUGUUUUUCUGCCGUGUGUUAUUGACUAUGAUAAUGUAGUAUAACAUUUAUAACAUUACACAAAGUGUAAUAUUGACAAUUGUAAUCAAAUGAUUCAAUUAAUCUCAAUGAAGAUUUAACUUUAAAUCCCUACUGUUUAACAUGUAAUAUGUAACAAAUAUUUAUAUAAUAUUUUUCUUUAAAAGAACAAUAAGCAACUGAUUUACACUCACAAAAAUUAAAUGUAUAUGUGUGAUGAUUUAUAUGAAACCUAGCUGUGAUACAAACAAAAUAUAGCCAUUUAAACUUAUGACUUGUUAUAUACAAUGUACUUGAUAAGCUAGCUGCAUGUUUUCCAAACCCCAUCAGGGACAUGCUGUUCAACAUUUAUUAUUCAUAUUAUAUUACCUGACAUAAUAAUGUUGAAAUUUAUCUAAACUAUUAUGGGACAAAUUCUGAAUAUUUGCAUGUCAGGAUGUUCUACACUGGUGCUAGAAAAUGUCAUCUUACAACCCAUAUGUCAGGCAUGUUGUGUGCUUUAAUUAAAUGAUGUUAUAAUAUUAUCUAAAUACAUGUGUAGCUGCAAUCUCAUUGGUCCAAACAGUACUGUAGUCAACAGAACUUUUUAUAAAAUCAUAUUCACUGGGCGUAGUAUCAUAUUCACUGGCUGAAUUGGAUUUUCCCAGUCUAAAAAAAAGAUUGAGACUCAUAUUCAAUGACCAUACAUCUUAGACUGUUAACUGUGCGCGUGCAUUAAAAAAUAAUUGUUGUGUUUUGUUCUUUAUGACAAGUCACAUUUUUCUCGAUUAAAAUAUCAUUACUUUACUAUUAUACUUAAAGGCUACACCGCAAAAAUGAGUAUAAACUUGAAUAACUUUUGUAAGUGCAGCAUUUGCUUAGUCGUUGCACACCUGACACAUGCAUCUUUUUUCCCCCCGCUUCAAAGAAUCAGGCAAUAGUUGUUAUGUAUAAGGUUGUACUUUUUUGUGAUUUUUUAAAAUUUUUAGCCUAUUCAUAUAAUAAAACAGUUAUUGACUAGUGUGCCAUUGAAUAUGAACAUCAUAUUCAAUGGCACACUAGUCAAUAAUUGUAUAGUAGAGAGACAUUCCUUUCCUUAGGCAUGAAAUUGUUAAUUUGUAUAAGAGUGCUAAUUGAAAGUAUCAGUUUUUGUUAGCUCACCUGUCACAAAGUGACAGGGUGAGCUUUUGUGAUCGCUUUUCGUCCGGCGUCCGUCCGGCGUCCGUCCGUCGUCCGUCCGUCGUCCGUAAACUUUUACUUUAAAUGACAUCUCCUCAUAAACCACUAAGCCAAUUUCAUCCAAACUUCACAGGAAUGUACCUUUGGUGGUCACCUUUAAAAAUUGUUCAAAGAAUUUAAUUCCAUGCAGAACUCUGGUUGCCAUGGCAACCGAAAGAAAAAACUUUAAAUAUCUUCUUUUAAAAAACCCUAAGAGCUAGAGCUUAGAUAUUUGGCAUGGAACAUCUUCUAGUGAGUGUCUACCAAGUUUGUUCAAAUAAAAUCCCUGGGGUCAAAAUUGGCCCCGCCCCAGGGGGUCAUUGAUUUUCCCUAUAUGCAUAUAGUAAAAACUUAAAAAUCUUCCUUUAAAGAACCCAAAGAGCUAGAGCUAAGAUAUUCAGCAUGAAACAUCUUCUAAUGAGUGUCUUCCAAGUUUGUUCAAAUAAAAGCCCUGGGGUCAAAAUUGGCCCCGCCCCAGGGGGUCAUUGAUUUUCCCUAUAUGCAUAUAGUAAAAACUUACAAAAUCUUCUUUGAAAGAACUCAAAGAGCUAGAGCUAAGAUAUUUAGCAUCAAACAUGUUCUAAUAGGUGUCUACCAAGUUUGUUAAAAAAAAAGCCCUGGGGUCAAAAUUGGCCCUGCCCCGGGGGUCAUUGAUUUUCCUUAUAUGUGUAUAGCAAAAACUUAAAAAAAAUCUUCUUUGAAAAAACCCAAAUAGCUAGAGUUUAGAUAUUAAGCAUGAAACAUCUUCUAGUGAGUGUCUACAAAGUUUGUUCAAAUAAAAGCCCUGGGGUCAAAAUUGACCCCGCCCCAGGGGUCAUUGAUUUUCCUUAUAUGUGUAUAGCAAAAACUUAAA